ACCACCUGCGAAGCGCGCAGAAACUCGUGCCACUGCAAUACUGCUGCAUACUCAAGGAAAGUCGCAUACUUGUGGAGCUUGGAUCAUUAUGCACUGGUUAUUUUUAAAAUCAACACCGGACAUAUUUCGUUUGGAUAUAUAAAGCGCAUAUUUUAAGCAGAAGAGUGGAGUUUUUGCCUUUCUUGUGAAUUAAGUUAAUAAAAUGCGAUUUUUAACGGAGCCGUAACAAGAUUUUCACACUGGAGUUUAACGUGAAUCUGCUGGAAGAAAUUAAAGUCACCCCGGAAUAAACUUCACCGCAGCUGAGUGCGCGCGCGAGCGAGCGUGCGUUUGACGUUGAGAGGGACAGUUGGAUGUGCGCACGCGAUGAGCUCGCGGCUUCUGCUGCUGGUGCUCGCGGCGCUCGCGGCGUGCCUGCGCUCCGGUCGCACGCAGGGAGACACUCUUCCUUUAUCGCUGGUGGAUGUAGUGUUGAACAGCCCAAUCUCAUCUGUAGAUGAUCUGAAAAGACUUCUGGACGUAGAAUCCGUAGAGGAAGAUGACAAGCCAGAGAUCCCGAUUCACUUCAACGAAACGCACAGACGUUUUCCUAGAAGCCUCAACGUUCAGGUGGCCCAGCCGGCGAUGUGUAAGGUGAGGACGGAAGUAAUGGAGGUCACCCGUGCAAUGUUGGAUACACGAAAUGCCAACUUUCUGUUAUGGCCUCUAUGUGUGGAGGUACAGCGUUGUUCUGGCUGCUGCAACACACGCACGGUACAAUGUGUACCAAGUGCCAUACACACACGACAUUUACAGAUGACAAAAAUUCAGUAUAUCAACCGACAUCCAGUCUAUGAAAAAGUUAUCAUACCUGUAGAGGACCAUGUGACUUGUAGCUGUCAAUCGCGUGUUUCUGCACACCCCCCGCGGCCCCAGACCACGCCCCUUCCUCCACCUCAGCACCACCCUAAAGUAACGCAGCCAAAAAUCCAAUCGAAAGAGGAGCUCCAUCGCAAUGAUGAACUGAAGCAUAAUCAGAGACUCAAUUUGGAGGACAAAGAAACUCCAGAACUUCAGUUGCAGUCCAAAUAUACGCUUUCACACACAGUGGGCACAAUUGAACACACACUCACACACACACCAGUUUAUGUAAAUAAAUUAGAUAUUCCCACUCGACAAACCACACUCGGAGUGCCACACAUGAUGAGCGAUGAAACUCAAACAGAGGAACAUCACGUAACAUCCCAACAUCAUACGCAUCCAGGCAGCGGAGACGACACGACGAUAAAGAUGCCCACUGUGGAACAGCCUCACCAUGACGAUCAACCACAGAAACAACGCAAUGAAACGACGCCACAGCAGCCAAUACGCAAUCUUGCUCACGAUUCCGUCCAAUCGGGCCACAGCAGCCAAUUAGAUGGCUUGAGUCGCACUUACAGCCACGUUGAGGUUAUCGGUCAAUCCAGCGGUUUGUCCGAAGUGCCAAGUCAUCACUCCAACCAAUCAGAAGUUAGGAAACAUCACCAACACCACCAACCAGAAGCCAAGAAUCAUCAGAAAGUGCCGCAAGAGGAGGAAAUGGAGCGGCGUCAAGAAGAAACGCAGCAUCAUCUUCGUCAUCAACAUCACCAACACCACCAUCAUCAUCAUCACACAACACAAGGGUUCAGCCAUCAACAGACCACCACACAACAAACAGUGACGAAAGCCCCUCUGACCAAAGCUUCGGCACCGCAGAAUCCGCCACCUCUUCAGGCUCCGCGGAAGCGGCGACGGAAACAUCGGAGGAUGAGCAAGGCCUCCAUGAGAGCAAUGAUAAUGGUAAUGUCCUGAAGAAGGCCAUGUUUCUGAACCGCUGCCAAAGUCCGAGGAGAAACCACAAAGCUGGGCGGAGACGCACAGGAUAUAAUGGAGACGCACUGGAAAUAUCUUUUUAUAAUAACUGGAAACGUCUUUGAUCUUUGCCAAAUAAGCUCCUACGAACUACAUUUCCCAUCAGUCAUUGCAGUCGUUGGUCUCUGCACUAUGAGAGCUGUCUAAACUCAGGAUUUCCCGUGAGCAUGGACUUAAAAGGGAUUCCAAAAGGAGACCGUAUUUAAAAUUAAAGUCGGCCAAUGCGCAUCAUUCAACAUAUAAAACGGCCAAAUGCUGUGCAAUAUUGACUCAAUCGUCAAAGUGGCAUGGAUGCCGCUUUUGAUACAAACCCACUGUGGGCCAGGUUGGAAAAAGCCUGUGGACUGUUACUCACUUGAGGAACUACUGAAAUAGCAACUUGAAGUUGCGAAAAAGAAGUUAAAACUGGAAUACGUAACUGGAAGUGAGGAGUUCGGACUCUCGAAGAGCAGGAGAUAUGAAGCUCAGGACUUUUAGAGUAUGAAAUGCAAAACAUAACUAUUACAAAUGCAUCGCAAACGUAUAAUCUGUACAUUUUCGAGCUUAUCAAAUACCAAGAUAUCAGCUGGCUAGAUAUGAAACUUGGAUAAAUUAAAGCACUUACAAAAUAGUACCAUGCAUUUUUGGACAUGGCACCAUGGUAAUACGAUGUAUAUGCUAUGGUAAAUUAAUAUAUGUUAAUCAGUGGUACCGUCACAGUACUUUGUUGUAAGAGACAACCAUAUCUUGGACAAUAUUUAUUUGGUGCAGAAACACUGGAUUAUCAUACACUGGAUUAUCAAAUGUGCAUGGUCAAAUAGGAUCUAAAUCAAGAUUAAAAUAAAAUGAUUGUGUAUAGACGUUACCGUGAAAUACUCCCAUCCUGUAGGGGGCAGUAUGAAGUGCUCUGUCACUGACAUUUUAUGCCUGCCGUCUGUGCAUUCAGCUGCUUUUGAAAUCCUGUAAAGCUAUAAAAUAACUGUUGUAAAUGAUGCAUUUCUUUCUGGCUCGUAACUUAUUUAUGAAAGGUAGAUGCUCUGCCCAUCUGCUUCCGAGAGUAAUUAAAUAAUUAUUUGUUUUAAUGAGAAUUAUUGUUAAUGUUAUAAUGCUAUUUUAAUAUAAAUAUAAAAGUGAUAAAUUCA